AUGGUCGGUUUAGUACCCAUUGCGGAUAUUUCCCGAGCUCUAUAUCCGGAAAACCCCAUCAUGAAUGGGAUUGUUCAUUCCUCAGAACUCGAUCUGGUGGAGAAAUCCCCAAUUCUAAUCGAUGCGACGGACUUGGCGCCUUCCGAUCUUGACAGCGCAGAUCAGUCGACGGUUACCGCAAACGGAAAUGGUUCUACCGACUCCUCGGUUACUGGUGUUGAUAGUCUCGACAUAUCCACUUUCAACAUUGAAACUCCCUCAAAUGAACGCAAAAUGGCCUUUGAGAUUCUCAGGGUGAUCGAAAGCUAUGGUGUUGACUAUGAGAAGAAUGGUGCGUCGUGGAAGGGACUCGAGUCCUUCGUCCCCACUGUUAUGGCCCAAGUGGAAAAACAAGAGCCUAUUCGGAUGAUCUUGCCCGCAUUUCCUUUCAAAUCGCCAAAUGCACGCGACAAGGUCUUGGGGAUUAUGCCCGAUUUUGGAGAGGAGCUGGCCCUUGCUCAUUUGAAUGGGCUUUGCGAAAACGUCGCCCAGGUAUACAAACCUGGUGCCGAUGUAUACAUCAGUUCUGACGGAUUGGUCUACAAUGAUAUCCUCGGAGUCCCAGACGAGGUAGUGUGGGACUAUGGAGAGGCCUUGCGAAAGAUGGCCGUGGAGAAGGGCCUGACCCAUGUGAAAUUUAUUCGUCUUUUCGAGCUGCUCGAGCAUCCUUGGUUCAAAUCAAACACCCCGGAAGCUGCGAAAGCAUAUUACCUGGCUCAUGCAAAUUGUCUCCGUCGCGAACUCAUGUUUGCGUUCGGGGACCCAACGUUCAAUGCUGAUGAAGCCAUUAAAACUGACAACGACACCUGUCUGACAUAUCGAGGAUAUAUCAAGUUCCUAACCAAGGAUCUUGCAUAUCGAGAGUAUCCACCAGAAAUGUCCAAGCGUGCCAAACAAGGCCAGAUUGCACAGAUAGCUCGCCAAAUGAUUGUUCGAGGGAAAAUGUUUGCGGCUGCCAUCCGAGCCAAUCGCAAGGACUACGUGCGUUUGUCUAUCCACGAGUCCGCCGGUGAGAGGAAGCUGUCGUGUUCGUUGAUUCCUCAAAUUCGUGGGUCUUUGGGUUUCACACCAUGGCAUGCUUCUGUGGCCGUCGCACUUGAUGGAUCAUUCCGCACAGUUCACGCGGAGGAUGUGCGCGACACACACGACCUGAUUUACAAGAACGGUCAGCCAUAUUAUUUCCGUGAAAGAUCGGAGCUCUUUGACUGGUCAUCCAGUGGAAUUUCCGUCAAGUUCGAGCACCAAUACCCUUGCGGACUUAUUAUCCGACCGGCAGACAUCGACAAUGUGAAGGCCCCGCCCUCCAUCAGCGACAUCCCCAUGGAGAAAGUGCGCAAACUUUCGAAUGGAAUGUCCCCAGUUAUUCUUCGUGGAUUCGCAGAGACCCUGGUCGAAGAUUUAUAUGUUAAGGCGGGAGAGGAUCUCGGCAAGGUACUCCCAUGGAGCUUCGGUAUUAUUCAAAAAGUACGCGACGCGGGCCGCUCCGAUAAAUUGGGAAAUAACGUUACAUCUAAUGAGGCCAUGCCCAUGCAUUUUGACGGCAUGUUCAAGUUUGAAGAAGUCACCGAUCCCACAACCGGGGAGAUAAAGAAAGUGCAGCGUCCUCCCGGGUACCAAUUCUUUACCUGUCCAGCCACGGCGCCCAAGGGAAGCGGAUACACGCUAUUCGCCAGCUCGCGACUCUUAUUCCGAUACCUUCCCCUUCCCUGGAAUGCCGAGCGUCUUCAAAAGGUGACUUGGGCUAUGGAUAAUGACGGGUUCUGGGAUGCCAAGCUCAAGAAUCUGCCGUUGACGGUGACACACCCUGUUUCGGGAUUGCCGUGUGUUCGCUGGCAUCAACCGUGGGAUUCUACAAAGACCAAGUUCUCGACUUGUGACGUGACUAUUGAGAACGAGGAUCCGGAAUUGGUUCAAGUUAUUGAUAAGAUCAUCUAUGAUCACCGUGUUUGUCUUCGCUUCGAGUGGGAGAGAGGUGAUCUUCUGAUCAAUGACAAUACCGCCAUGCUACAUACCCGGACUGGAUAUAUCAGUGACUGUGAUCGGGAACUUUGGCGCAUUCAUUUUGACUGA